AUGAGCGAAGACCCGUGGCUGGAGGAGACUUCCGAACUCGUUGAGGACGCAACGAUUAGGCUUUCCCCGCGACUAACCCGCCGUUUGUCAGAAAGCUCGUCCCUCGCCCGGGAGCCCCAGCAAGAAGGCUAUGUACACACUCGAGCGCAUACAACGGAUGGUCAUGUAGGAUAUGACCAUCCUUUGCAAACUCCUACUGUUUCUGCUCCAAAUAGGGACAGCGCGACACGACCUCAGCUGGCGCGUAUGCUGAGCGAUUUUGAGCCCAAGGAGUCUGAAGAUCAAACAAGCAAAGACUCCGAUUCGCAUGCAACUAUCUACACCGAGGAGGACUCACCGUCAAAGAAGAAAAGAGUAGUAAUCCAUGAGGUGAAAUCCGCAGAUACGCUAGCGGGCGUGGCCCUCAAGUACGGCGUAUCCAUGGCGGCAUUACGCAGAGUAAACCACAUGUGGGCUUCGGACUCGAUACAUCUUCGACGGCAACUAUACAUCCCCUUGGACACUGCCACUGACAAAGACAGCCGUUCAGAAGCGGGUGGUAGUCCUCCUCUUCGUAUAACCACCCAAGAACUGUCCUCUCUGAACCUGCGGGAGCUGCCCGAGUCCGAAUUGUCGUUUUUCAAUCCUAGGGAUGCGCUUCCUCGACAAGCUUCUCCCUCAGACGGAGACUCUCGACUGACUUCGCCUCCGAACAAUACAAAAUUCAACGCUGUUGCUAUCCCUAGGCGGACUAAGAUUCAUGGAUCGCCAGUGUCCAGCGGUUCUUCGCUAUCCUCAGAGCAUCAGAUGGCCAGGUUACCAUCCCAUGGGCUAUCCUCGCUAUUCACCGCUACCCGGGCCCCUCUCGACCGAAUUACCAGGGUGUCCAUGGAAUCCAGCCGGUCUUCGCUGGACAAGAGUAGUGGAGCGGGCGAUGAACAUGAGCAGGGGCAUGAACUGGACCUCUUGAACGGAUCUAACCAGGAGAUAAGCUCCUGCUCAACUCGAGGAUACCGGUCAGCAGAGACGCUCGCCUUGAGGUCUUCGGACAGCAAGUCGUUCCGGAGUCCAGAACAUCUGGCCAUGUACGGGUCUACUGUUGACACCGAGGUUGAGCUCAGCGCAGAGCGUACCGCAUUUCCCAUACGUACCGCGCAAAUGGAACCUUCGCCUGCAAUGCAGCUCCCAAUUCCACACCAGAAGCGCCGCGGCAAUUCCCAUAUUUCAUCAGCUAGCCUAGAGCCUGUCCCAGGAAAGCGGAGUUAAGAGCGAUACGUAUAGUUUCGAACGUCAACGGACACAACCGCAUCCAUUCUGGGUAUGCAGCGCGCUCUUACCCGUUGUCUCUUUGCCAUCCUUUGGCCGGUCGUGUCUAUUCCCAUGGAAAAGGGGCCCUUCGCUGUCGCCGGGGUGGUAAGAGGAUUGCCUUGCGCUCAGGGCACUAUAUUGUCGCUAUUAUAGCAUCAGUGCUUAUCGUCAACAGCGCUGCGCCAUUCCCAUAUACCACACUCCGACCAGUCACACGCUGGGCCGCAUAUUUUGCCGGCGCGUUCCAGGCGGGCUGCAC